CUCUAACAUAUGUGGUCAACAGAAAGCCCAUAGUCUCAAAACAGCAACAAGAUGCCCUUAUCUUAGCCAUACUAAGGGAAGUAACCAUUUCCUUACACGCCAACUGACGACACUGUUUCGGACUUGAAAGGCACUAGGCGACUUUUGAUGGUUGCGGGGCUGUCCGCACAGUUGCAGUGCAGCGGUAGGACAGUGAAGCCGGCGCCGUGGCCCCUCUUCUGCGGCGCUCCCGACAUAACAAGGGCUUGGAGUACGCUUUUUAAGCCGAAGACAGUUCUUGGGGGAUAAAAUUCAGUACCGUGGGUGAAAUGCGCGGAUGCUUUUCACGGUUAGCAACUUGUUUCUCAGCCUCUCAAGAUGUCAAUGAGCACAUAACACCAUCAGUUCCAGUUGUGACUGAAAAGAAAGUCUCAAACUCCGCCGGAGGCAAGGAUGCUGCUGCUGCGCAAACUGUUCAGGAGCUGUCACAGCUCGGCGAUGUCCUGCGAGCCUGCACGGGCAUCCCCGGCAGCAGCUAUCACCAGCUCGGUCGCUGGUGCGCCAUAAUUGCAGAACACUUCAACGUGUCCUAUGUCAGCGCCUCCGUGCUGUCCAUGACGGGCAUCACUUGUCUGCCGGUGGUUGCGGGCGGGCGGCUGGCGAAGCUGUGUCCGCUGGGCAUGCCGCAGUUCCUGGACGCCUCGCAGGCCAGCUCCUACUACCAGGUGGCAGGGCAGCAGCGCUUCCUGCGGCGGCGUGUGCCGGGUGAGGAGCUGCCGCCCGACUGGGAGGCGCUGCGCGAGGCGGGCGGACUGGCUGCAUUCCUGGCGGCCGCCAUCACAGUGGGCUCCGAAACCGUUGCCGUACUGACGCUGGCGGAUGAGGACCCCAACAAGUUCGAGGCGCCCAUGUGGCAGACCUCCCUGGAGCUGGUGGGCGCCUUCAUGGGGCAGCUCUUCCGCGACCGGCAGCUGGUGGGGUACUGCGCGGUGGUGGAGGAGCUGAUGGUGGUGGACUCGCUGGACGAGCUGAUCCGUACACUCAGCAAGUGUGUCGUACGGGUGCAGUCGGAGAAACUCCACCAAAUUCGGCUCACCUGCCGCAUCGCUUGCAUCGCUUCCGACUCCUCCUCCGCCAUCAUCUUUGACGAAACGCUGCCCUGCGCCUCCGUGCCGGCAUCCGCGGUGGCGGAGGAGGGCAACGCCGCCGCUGCGCCCUCGGUGUCCGCCAUGGCUGCUCAGGUGCUGGGGCGGCAGCCGCAGGGGCUGCCGGCGCCGCGGGUGCUCUCCUCGCCGCUGAUGCAUGUCGGCAGCGCGGGGCAUGCGGGCGGAGGGGGCGGUGGAGGUGGAAAUGGUGCCGGUACGGAGCCGCUUGUGGGACCCACGGUUCAGCAAAACUCGCUGGUGGGAUCGCAGACGCCCCGUGGCAGGCUGGCUCGCACCUCCUACAUGCUCCCCGGCACACACGCCGACCCCUACGCCGCCCUCAUGACCCACUACCAGCUGCAAACAGCAAAUCUGGUUCCAGACCCCGUGGAGUCAGGCCCCGGCCCGCCGCUGGCAUCCCCACAGCGGCAGCAGCACCCGCAGCACCAAGCAUUGGCGCUAGCUACCGCAAACCUGUCAACCCAGCCGCAGCUAACGUCCAGCAGGUUGCAGAGCGUGGCAGGCGGGUUGUGGGGCAUCGGCGGCGGCAGCGGAGCGGGCGGCAGCUCGUGUCUGGGGCCGCCGCCGGUGGGGCGCUUCGUGGGGGGCAGCAGCAUCUCCCAAGCUGGGCUGUGCGGGCCGGGCAGCCUGACGGGGGAUGCUGCGCGGGAGGCGGGGCUGUGGAGCGGCAUGGAUCCGUCGGGCCUAGCUUCGAACUACAGCCACCAGCACUUGCAGCCCCAAGUGGAGGGGCAGACCUACCUGGUGGAGAACACGCUGCUCUCCGAAGCCAUCGUCAACCGCGCGGGCGUGUGGAUCGGCGACUGCCUGGCCUUCAUGCAGAACUCCUCCAACCCCAACGCCGACGUCUUCCUGGCCGCCACCGCGCACCACACCACCGCCAUGCUGCUGGCGGUCAUGUGGGAGCGCAGCGGGGCAGUGGCGGCCGCCAUGACCUCCACCACCGGCAACACCAACGCCGGCAGCACCACGCGGCGUACGGCAUCCGGCGGGCGGCCUCAGAAGCAGCUGUCCGGCCGCAUGGGCGCGGGCGGGGUGGGCAGCGGCGGCGCGGGGCUGUCAGCGCACCAGGUGCAGCUGAGGAUGCCCUCCACGGCGGCGAUGUCGCCCUUUGACACGGCGCCGGCUACCGUUCUGGCUGCGUUUGGGUCCACCUUUCCGGAGAAGAGCCUGGACAAGGCGUCCAUGUCGCCUCCCAAUCCAGCAGCGGCGGCAGCAGCGGCGGCAGCUGCGGCAGCUGCAGCAGCAGCAAAUGGCGGAGGUGGUGGUGGUGGUGGUCACAACACCCCGCCCUCGGCGUUGCUGACGACGGAGUUGUUCAGCGGAACCAAUGCCUGCAACCCGCCGUCGGGGGGAGCCCUGGAGUCCAUGGGCGGGCCUGCAGCUGGCAACAGCUUCAAGGUACGGCAGCCCGGCAGCCUGCCGCUGCUGGCGUUCUACCUGCUGACGUCGGGGACGGCGGCGCCGUCGGUGCUGCAGGAGCUGCUGGUGGGGCUGCGGGAGUUGUUGGUGGUUCUGGAGCCCAUGGUUUCCAGCAAGCUGUCGGAGGACCUGUACGCGGAGUGGUUCCACCUGCAGCGGGAGGUGCUGGACAAGAGCAAGAUCCUGAAGCAGCCCAAGGACCGGACCAUCGUGCUGCGGAACACGGCUGCUCAGCUGGGCGGCGUGUUCAACAGCCACGGCAGUGCCGACGACGGCGCCAGUGUGGUCAGCGAGCAGCUGCGCCCCUGCUCCGCGCGCAUGCCGCAACUCUCACGCUACACCACAGGCGGCGCAGCAGGCGGCGCAGCGGCCGGCAAGGCCGGAGACAUCAAUAACACGGAAGGCAGCCUGAGGGGCGCAGCUGAGGCCCUUCGCUCGGUGUCGGAACGCGCAUUGGCUUUGGGCUCAGUGACGACGACGGGCAGCCCAGGCGCCGCCGCAUUGGGGCCCGCAGCUGCCGGCAGCGCGAUCGUCGGAUCGCCGGCGACGCGCGGCCGUACUCCGUCAUUCAUCAUGUCGCGCUCCUUCACCGGGAAGCGCAUGAGCGCGCUGAUCAGCGGCGUACAGGACCGGGUGCAGCAGGCGCAGCGCAUGUCGGUGUCGUACAACACCAUGUUCAGUCGGCCUGACGACCUGCGCUCGAUCACGAUGCUGGAGAAGAUUGGGAGCGGCGGGUUUGGCACUGUGUACUUGGGCAUGUACCAGAGCACGGAGGUGGCGGUUAAGGUCAUCUUGGAGCGAGACAACGAGGGCACGGAGGUGCUCCGCAACGCGGUGGAGCUCGCCGUACUGUCCACUCUGUCGCACCCCAACAUUGUGCAGGUACUCACCUUCUUCACAGACGUGACGGUUCAGAUUCCGCCCGUUCAGCUGCGGCUGUCCGGCGCUGCGCCGCCCAUCUACCUGCUGCCGCACGAGCCCUCCAGCGUGCAGCUGGACCUGGGCCAGGCAGCCGUGGAGCCCGGCAGCAGUCCCGGCGGCGCUGCUGCUGCUGCGGGUGGGGAGGCGAAUGGGGGCUCGCGGUCCUCGUCGGAGCAUGGCAUGGUCGCAGCGGCACCGGGGAGGGCCGCAGGGAGAGCUGCUGGCAAUGGCGGCGGCGGCGUGGGCGCUAGCGAUAUCGCGGCGGCCAUGGGUUUGGGGCUGGGAGGAGUGGCAGCGGGCGACAUGGGGACUGGGGCGUUUGGUGUGGGCAUUGGGCCGAUUGCGGCGGCGGCGGGUGCGGGAGCACUGCGGCAGAAGCAGCCGCAGCCUCCCCCCCUGCAGUGCCAGCCGCCCAAGAAGGCGCUCGUCAUCCUGAUGGAGUUCUGCGACGCGGGCUGCCUGGCGGACGCAAUACGCAACGGAGUCUUCCGGGAGAAAAUCAAGGGCGGCUACGGCGCCCAGCAGCCCGCCUGGUCCGCCAUCUACCUGACGCUGCUGGAGGUGGCGCUGGCGCUGCGCUACCUGCACUCCAUCAACCUGGUGCACCGGGACGUGAAGCCGCAGAACGUGCUGCUCAAGAGCUCGCCCUCCGACGUGCGCGGCUUCACCGCCAAGCUCUCUGACUUCGGGCUGGUGAAGCUGCUGACGGAGGCGGACAGGGUGGCGGCGGCGGCGGGCCCGGCGGCGCCGCCGGUACGGCGGAGGCGGCGCUACAGCGGCACCAUCUCUCAUGUGGCGCCGGAGGCGAUGCGGCCGGAUGCCGGCAAUGCCGCAGCUAACGGUAUCACGGUGGACAUGGCAGCCGACAUCUACGCCUUUGGUAUCGUCAUGUGGGAGAUCCUGACGGGUCAGCCCGUGUACCUGGGCCUCAACUCCGACCAGAUCAUCACCCGCGUGCAGAACGAGGGCCUCAGGCCCACUUUCCCACCUGACACCCCAUCCGAGUACUCUUCCCUCGCCAACCGCUGCUGGGACGCCGACCCCCGGCGGCGGCCCACCUCGGAGGAGCUGGUGCAGCAGAUGAGCGCCCUCAGCUCCGCCACCCGCUGCUCCAAGGUGGUGGCGGCGCGGCGGCGGCUGUCCACCCUCUCAAACAAGGAGCUGCUGCGCAACGUAGCCAACGCCAACCUGGCGGCAGCGAACGCGGCGGCGGCGGCGGCGGGGAACGGGUUCCUGGGGCGGCGGUCCACUCGGCACAACGAGGACGAUUUC